UCCCCUCUCUUUUCCCUCAACAAGAACAUCCUUCCUCCUUCAAUUUCUUUUCCAAAUCGUUUUCAUCCAUUUUGCAAAAUCCCAUCUGGGUUUGAUUCUUUUGCAUUAUAUCAGAUUUAACAGUUACACCAUGAUCUCUUCACUGAGGCUUACAUCUUCCCAUUUCAAUUCCACUGAAAUUGUCAACAGAAAAUCUCAACUUCUAAGGCCGAACAUACCGUUGCAGUCCCCAGAUUGCAGUGUUCUUAAACAUGUCGAUCGAUCUUUUUUAACCAAUAAACCACUUCACAUCUCGUCGGUUGAAAAUCUUUCUUUGCUCACAAAAUCAUCUGAGCGUUCCACGGUGUGCAGGGCUUAUGAGGCAGAAUCGCGACGUCUGCAAAUUAACAUUGAGCUUCCUGAUGAACAGACGACUCAGAAACUCAAAAUUGCGCUCUAUUUCGCCGCUUGGUGGGCUUUGAAUGUUGUGUUCAAUGUCUAUAACAAGAAGGUUCUUAAUGCCUUCCCUUAUCCUUGGCUCACCUCUACUCUCUCCCUCGCCGCUGGAUCGCUUAUGAUGCUUGUUUCUUGGACCACUCGAAUGGUCGACGCUCCCAAAACCGAUUUGGAUUUCUGGAAAUCUCUAUUGCCGGUCGCAGUGGCACAUACAAUUGGCCAUGUUGCAGCAACUGUAAGCAUGUCCAAGGUCGCAGUCUCAUUCACUCACAUAAUCAAGAGUGGGGAGCCGGCUUUCAGUGUUUUGGUCUCUAGGUUUUUGUUGGGUGAGAUGUUUCCAUUGCCCGUGUACUUAUCUCUAAUCCCAAUCAUUGGAGGCUGCGCUCUUUCCGCCAUUACUGAGCUCAAUUUUAACAUAAUUGGUUUCUCGGGUGCGAUGAUAUCAAACUUGGCAUUUGUAUUUAGAAACAUAUUCUCAAAGAAAGGGAUGAAAGGAAAGUCAGUGAGUGGGAUGAAUUACUAUGCUUGUCUCUCAUUGUUGUCUCUGCUCAUUCUUACUCCUUUCGCCAUUGCCGUGGAGGGACCCAAGUUGUGGGCUGAAGGACUCCAAAACGCUCUCGCUCAAAUUGGUCCCAAUUUCAUUUGGUGGUUGGGAGCUCAAAGUAUGUUCUAUCACUUGUACAAUCAAGUGUCUUACAUGUCUCUUGAUCAGAUAUCACCAUUGACAUUCAGCGUGGGUAACACAAUGAAGAGAAUAUUCGUAAUAGUGUCGUCCAUUAUCAUCUUCCACACGCCGAUCCGACCCGUGAACGGGAUUGGAGCUGCCAUUGCAAUCCUUGGAACUUUCCUCUACUCGCAGGCAAAGCUGUGAGAUGACAUGGGGGCUUAAAUUUGUGCAAUCUUUGUUGGGAGAUAUGGAAAUUGAAAGAGCAGCUGUGGAAGGAGGCUGCAGUUUGAUUGGGAGCGUUGAUGCGGAUUCUAUGCUUUUGCAUGUAAUGCUGUGGCCACAAGGAAGGGUUUGUUGGUGUAUGUUGAGAUUUAGGACUAAUAUAUUAAGAGAAAGUAAGAAAAUUUAUAACUUAUACUAUAUGGUAUAUAGUAAGGGCCGAGAGGAAGAGUUUUGAGAUAGUGAGGCACAGUAAUUGUUAAUCUUUAUUCUAAUUUAUUGUUUCAUUUUAUUAUGUGUGCCAUUAUCUUUAAUGUUUUAACCUUUAUCAAAAUCAUACUUCAAAAAAAUCAAGAGGGUAUGUCCCAGUUGGAUGAUUCUUGAAUUAUA